GAAGAUUAAAAUAAAAAAAAGAUUUAGUCCGCCAAUGGAAGUAGUAAGUGGUGAGCUUUGCCAGUCAGUCAACCAAUCGGAUCAAGAACAAGAGAUUCUGUGACUGAAUACUGGUGGCUGGUGAAUAACGGAGGGGUGAAAAGCUUAAAAGACCGAUACCAAUGCUGGAUCCUUACAUUUUAUAAUUUUCAUUUAAGCAAGACACAACCAGUGUCUUAAAGGACUUAAAAUAUUUUAAACAAUAAAGAAGAAAUAUAUUUUAGUUUGUUGGAAUAAUUAUUUAAAUUUUAAUUCUACAAAGUGAAGGUUUUUUUUAUUUUUUUGUUGUUGAAAUUUAUUAAAAAUAAAAUGAGUGGCUCGGGAAAAAGUCUUUUGGGUAUGUGGCUUUAUCGCCGAGGUGAAGAAUGGACUCUUAAAGAGGGUAGUCCUUUGCAUAAAUCAACAAAUAUACCAAUGGUAAAAAAAAUGGAGCAUUCAGACAACAAAAGUUCAGUGGUAUUUUCAUUAAAAAAUCAAAUUGGUGGAUUAGCUCGUGCUCUUCAAGUUUUUCAAGACUUGGGCGUAAAUGUAAUACAUAUAGAAUCGCGUAAGUCAAUGAGACGUGGUUCAGAGUAUGAAAUUCUAGUAGAUGUUGAAUGUGAGUCCAAGAAGAUGGAACAGCUUACACAUAUGCUAAGCCGUGAAGUCGCGGCUAUUAAUCUCGCACAGUAUGAACAAACUGGAAGUGUUCCUCAUCCACCGAUGUUAUCCGCAGCCCCUAGUUUUGACUUUAGUCAAGUAGACAUGCUCUGGUUUCCCAGAAAAAUUUCAGAUCUUGAUCAAGCUCAAAAUGUUCUUAUGUAUGGUACUGCAUUAGAUGCUGAUCAUCCAGGCUUUAAAGAUCCAGUUUAUCGUAAAAGGAGACAACAAUUUGCUGAUAUUGCUAAUAAUUAUCGACACGGACAACCGAUUCCAAGAAUUCAAUACACCCCAGAAGAAAUAAAUACAUGGGCUACUGUUUUUCGCGAGCUUUAUCAACUGUAUUUAAAGCACGCUUGCAAAGAAUAUUUAGAAAAUUGGCCGAAAUUGAGUAAAUAUUGCGGUUACAGAGAAGACAAUAUUCCUCAGCUGGAAGAUGUGUCAGUAUUUUUAAAACGAAUGACUGGCUUUCAAUUACGUCCAGUCGCUGGAUAUUUGUCACCACGAGACUUUUUAGCCGGGUUGGCUUUUCGCGUUUUCCAUUGCACUCAAUACAUACGUCAUUCAUCGGAUCCAUUUUAUACACCUGAGCCUGACUGCUGUCAUGAAUUAUUAGGCCACAUGCCAUUGUUAGCGAAUCCAAGCUUUGCGCAAUUUUCUCAAGAACUAGGAUUAGCUUCUUUAGGAGCUUCUGAAGAAGAUAUUAAUAAAUUAGCGACACUGUACUUCUUCACUGUGGAAUUUGGAUUAUGUAAGCAAGAUGGCAAUUUGCGCAUCUACGGUGCAGGAUUGUUGUCGUCAGUUGCAGAAAUAAAGCAUGUUUUGGAGGCUAAAGAUAAAAUUUACCGCUUCGAGCCUGAUGUAACAUGUCAACAAGAAUGUGUUAUUACAGCUUACCAACAUGCAUAUUAUUACACCGACAGUAUUGAAGAAGCUAAAGAAAAAAUGAGAGCAUUUGCCAAUGGGAUCCAACGUCCGUUUGGCCUACGAUACAACGCAUACACUCAGUCUGUUGAAGUUCUGACAGAUGCCCAAAAAAUAACCGCGUUGGUCAGCGAACUGCGCGGCGACCUUUGCAUCGUCUCAAACGCGCUGAAGAAAAUUCACGAACAAGAUGACACCGUGGAUGUUGAGAAGAUAACUAGUCUUCUCACUCAAGGAAUUAACUUGGCACAAGAUCCAUCUUCAUCGUCUUCUUCGGACACUGAUGAUGGCGACAAGAGCCCUAAUGUUGACGACCGUAAGAGUAUAGACCAAAGUCAUUCUUAGUUAUGUUAAAAAUAAUGAAGAAAAUUUAUCAAAACGGAUAUAUAUAUAUAUUUAAUUAUGAUAGACUCAAUAAUU